AUGGACUUGGAAGGCCACGCCUCCGAAGUGCACGAAGGACCCUUGGAAGUUCAUGAGACGCUCCGCCUUCACAGGAUUUCCAGAUUGCACCACCAGGGGUUCCUGAUUAACACUCCUGUAGCAACGGUGCAAGAGGAGCGCUGUCAUCCUGCCAGGACAGGUGGAGCCAGAAUUGAUUCACCCACGGUUUGCUACAUCCGGAUUACAACUUUAAAUGUAGGUAUUGGACACUGUCUGCCCCUCGUCUUCCAGCCCGUAUCACCCCUUCUGCCCCUCGGCUGUCUGAUGCUCUCUGUGAACAUCGUUCUAAGCUCAGGGCUGCUGAAAGGACUAGAUCUUCCAUCAGGAUGUUACGAAUGCAGCAGGACUGGUCUUCGUAUCGAGUGCUCCCGUUAUGUUCGGCUGAAGUAUCACAUUUGUGACUGGAAAUGUGUAGGUGUUUUUCCAGAAAUGGAGCAUUUUACACCGUGUGGCCCCUUGAUGGAUAUUGUAGUCAUCUCCGGAGAACUGAAGGCAGUCUAUCUACCCCACUUUCUGUGUUUAGGUGGACCUCCCAUUCAAGAUGAAGUGAGGGUUCUUCAUGUUGAAGACUGUGGACUUUCAUUGGAGAAAUGCACGUUAACUAGAUUCCACGGCAAACUUCUGCACCACUCCUUCUCCCCGAAAGGUCUUCUUUUGAGGAGUGGCUUCUCUGUGAAUUAUCACUGCGAAACAUUGAUCUAUGAAACUCAGAAAACAUACCUGACACUUCAUGUGUACUUGAUUCCAAGUGAGAAAAAUAUGAUAGAGGCUGUUGAAAACACUGAGAUUAAAAGCAGGACAAGACUCAUCUCAAAGCCAGGGACUUGGUAUUCACUGAGGACGCUGGAUGAAAAUAAGGAAUCUAAGGAAGAGUGCAAUUCUGAAGUUCAACCCAAAGUAGUUACAAAUAUUUUAAAAUAUUACAAAAAUGUGGCUUAUUUUCCUUAA